UAAAGUUGGUGUAAGAAGCAAGGAGAAAGAGUCAAGUAAGCAGCAGGAACAAAGUUGUGGGAUCUGAGUCCACAGUACUAUGGUGCUGACCCGUGAAAUGUAAUAACCAUCUUUCCGUUUAUCAGAGACAGCCUUCCGUGUACUUUGAAGACUACGGUAGAUGUGCUUUUCCUAGCGCUGCAAAAAGGCGUCCUUUAAAGCUUUGUUUGGCACAUUGUGGAGACUGGAUGUACUUGAGGACGGUUCUCUUUAGUUAGCUAACAAGUUAGUUAAUAAAAUAAAAGUACAGUGCCUUGUAGAAAUGCCUUAAAUUAAUUGGAAUUUUGUACUUUUUAAGCUUUAAAACACAUUGAACUUUUAAACUUUAGCUAUUUUUCUUUCUGUUCUCUACGCGUUUUGGACUUGUUUUGAGAGAGCCCGUCUCCCGACUCCCGUGGUGACAGCAGAGGUGCAAAAGGAAGGCUGUUAUACUGGGUUUUGUGAGGUCUGGCACUGUAUCACACAAUUUCAACAAAUCUAGAGUUGGAUUAAUUGACUAUAAUGGCAUCACACGGGGACAUUGCUGAGGGAGGAGCUAAUGAAGAGUUCAAUGAUAUCAUCAAAUGGAGAUCAGAUGAGCAUGAUGCAGUACAGAAGAAAACCUUUACCAAAUGGAUAAAUUCACAGUUCUCCAAGACAGGGAAGAUGCCCAUCACAGAUAUGUUCACUGACCUGAGGGAUGGGAGAAAGCUGCUGGACCUGUUGGAGGGUCUCACUGGCACUCUUCUGACCAGAGAGCGAGGCUCCACCAGAGUACACUCUCUCAACAACGUCAACAAAGUACUUCAAGUCCUGCAUCAAAAUAAAGUGGAUCUGGUAAACAUAGGAGGGACAGAUAUUGUGGAUGGGAACCACAAGCUGACAUUGGGUCUCAUCUGGAGCAUUAUCCUUCACUGGCAGGUGAAAGACAUCAUGAAGGAUGUCAUGUCCAACCUGCAGCAGACCAACAGUGAGAAGAUCUUACUGAGCUGGGUACGCCAGUGCACCCGCUCAUACCCAGACGUCAAUGUGCUGAACUUCACCACUAGCUGGGCUGAUGGCCUGGCUUUCAAUGGCAUCCUGCACCACUUCAGGCCAAACGCUUUCAGCUGGGAUCAGGUUGUGAGAUUAAGCCCUGUGCAAAGACUUGACCAUGCAUUCACUGUUGCCAAAGACCAGCUGGGUAUUGAGAGGCUACUGGAUCCUGAAGACGUGGCGGUUCAGUUACCAGAUAAGAAGUCCAUCAUCAUGUACGUGACGUCGUUGUUUGCUGUGCUGCCCAAAGAUGUGAGCAUGGAGGCAAUCAGAGAAGUGGAGACCCUGCCACGCAAAUUCAAGGUGGAGGCCGAGGACUCAGGUCCAGGCCUCAGUGCUCAGGAAGUGGGCAGCAGUCCUCGGCCCGAGACCCCCAGCAUGCUGACAAAGACAGAGGGGGAGAUGGAGGGCAGCCUGCUGGAAGUGGACUUGGACAGCUACCAGUCUACGCUGGAGGAAGUUUUGACCUGGCUCCUGUCGGCCGAGGAUGCGUUACAGAUUCAGGACGAGGUGUCAGAUGAUGUAGAAGAGGUCAAAGAUCAGUUCCACACACAUGAGGCCUUUAUGAUGGAGCUGACAGCACACCAGAGCAGUGUGGGUAAUGUGCUGCAAGCCGGCAACCAACUGAUUGCCCAGGGAAGCCUGACGGAGGAAGAAGAGGAUGAAAUUCGGGAGCAGAUGAGCCUUCUCAACUCCCGGUGGGAGAGCCUCCGAGUGGCCAGCAUGGACCGUCAGGCCAGGCUCCAUGAAAUCCUGAUGGAUCUCCAGCAGCAGCAGUUGCAGCAGCUUUCUGAUUGGCUGACACAGACUGAAGAUCGAAUCAGAAAGAUAGAGACAGAACCGGCAGCUAAAGACCUGGAUAUCUAUAAAGAACAGAUAGAGCAGCACAAAGAGCUUCAGAAUGACCUGGAGGCAGAGCAGGUGAAGGUCAACUCUCUGACACACAUGGUAGUUGUGGUGGAUGAAAACAGCGGUGAGAGUGCCACUGUUGCCCUGGAGGAGCAGCUACAAUCUUUGGGUGAGCGCUGGGCAGCUGUGUGUCGCUGGACAGAGGAGAGGUGGAACAAGCUGCAGGAUGUUUUUAUGGUAUGGCAGCAGCUUCUGUCAGAUCAGAGUUUGUUCAGAGCGUGGCUGGCAGAAAAAGAGGAGGCUUUGAGUGAAGUACAGACCAGCAACUUUAAAGAUCAGAGUGAAAUGAAUACAAAUAUGCGCCGAUUAGCAAUUUUGAAGGAAGACAUGGAAAAGAAGAGGAGGACUUUGGACCAGCUAUCUGAUGCAGGACAGGAUGUAGUGUCCCUACUGCAGAGCCCUGAAGCAGGAGCCAAGAUCGAAGCAGACACAGAAGAGUUAGCACAUAGGUGGGACAGCCUGGUGCAGAAGCUGGAGGACUGCUCCUUCCAGGUAAUGGAAACUGUGACGGACUCUGGGAUGAUGCAGGUGGAAGAACAGGUUGUCGUGGAAUCAGUUGGUGCGACUGCACCUAUCACUGACCAGGAGCUGGCCCCACCUGCUCCCCCUAAGAAACGACUGGUGGAGACAGAUACAGAAGUCAGACGAAUGUUUGAAAAAAAGCUUUCUAACCUGCUGAGCUGGAUAGAAACAUGGAAGGUGUCUGCUCAGGCGCUGGCCUCCACACACCCAGAGACCACACCUGACACACCAGAGCUGCAGGAGAAACUAAAGGGCUUGGAGUUGGACCUUACAGCAAAGGAAGCCACUGUUAAUCAAGUGAUCCAGGAGGGACGGGGUUUACUGGACCAGUUAGAGAGAGAGGGAGUGUGUGUGGACUCAGUAAGGGCAGAUAUAGACCUGACCCAAACUGAGUGGGCUGUGUGUGCGAGGGAGCUGCAAGCAGCCCGUGAGCAAGUUCACACCCAGAACCGGGUCAGAGCAGUGUCUGCACAGCUGGCAGAUAUGGAUGGGGUCCUGAAGGAGCAGGACCGGUGGCUGGACUCAUCUUCAGCUGUAGAAAGGUGUGAUGAGGCCCAGCUCAGAAACCUGAGCAGAGAAUGUCAGUUCCGAAUUGUCCAGGUCACUGCCUUGAGUCCACAGCUGGAGCAGGUGUCUGCAGAGGCAGGGUCACUGGGAGCCGUGCCCUCUUUGAGAGACAACAUAGUGUUGGUGUCAGCACAUCAUGCCUCCACACUGCAGCGGCUACAGAGCAAAGAACAACAAGUCAAUCAAGCCUUGGUUAGUCUUGAGGCCAGCCAGAUGGUACCGAGCCCGGUGGAGGGUUUGGAGGCCAGGCUGGCCACUCUGAGAGAAGGAGUACUAGACAUUCCUACCACUGAGGGGGCAGUGGAACGGGCACAGGACCUGUGUCUAGAGAUUGAGCAAACACAGCAAGCCUCAGAUCCUGCAGAACUUCAGAGAUGGAGUCAGCUGUCCUCCAGAGCCCGUGAAGAGCUAGGAACACUGCAGUGUGUUCUGGGUACCAUGAAGGACAAUCAGGUGCAUUUGUUGGAAGCUGAACGUUGGCUGGAUGCAGUUCAGGAGCUGUUGUGUCAUGAUGCAACAGGUUUGGGGGACACAGGGAGUUUACAGGAAGAGCUUAACCAGUGCAAGGAGUACGUGAAUGAGAUGGAGUCUGUGGAAGGUUCAUUGAAGCAGAUGGGAGAGAAUGUGAGUGCCAUACAGGAGGCUUCAAUCCCAGGACUGGCUAAGUGGGGGCAGGACAAGUUGGAUGAGUGCCGGGCCAGGUGGGACACACUCAGUAAACAGCUGCUGAGCUAUCAGGAGCACAUGGUAGAAAAUCAGGAGAGGCAGGUGAAUCUGAAGAAGGACUUGGCAGAGAUGCAGGAGUGGAUGGCCCAGGUAGACGAGGAGUUUCUCAUGAGGGACUUUGAGUAUAAGGGUCCGGAGGAGCUGGAGGCAUCGCUGGAGGAGAUGAAGAGGGCUAAAGAGGAUGUGCUACAGAAAGAAGUGAAGGUAAAGAUCCUGAAAGACAGCAUCAACAUACUGGUGCCCAGAUCAUCAGCCCCUGCUGGAGUCAGUGAACGGGAGCUGACCUCAGAGCUAGAGGGGGUACUAGCCAACUACAACAGGCUCUGUGACCGCUUCAAGAGCAAGUGUCAUACUCUGGAGGAGGUUUGGUCCUGUUGGAUGGAGUUGCUUCACUACCUGGACAUGGAGCAGAGCUGGCUCAACACCGUGGAGGAGAAACUCCAAGCUGCUGACAACCUCCCAGAGAGCACUGAGGCCGUCAGUGAGGCCCUGGAGUCAUUGGAGAGUGUACUUCGCCACCCCGGGGACAACCGUACACAAAUCAGAGAGCUGGGUCAGACGCUGAUUGAUGGGGGUAUACUGGAUGAUCUCAUCAGUGAAAAGCUAGAGGCCUUCAAUUCUCGUUAUGAGCAGCUUAACCACCAGGCGGUGAACCGGCAGAUCAGCCUCGAGCAGCAGCUGCAGACACUGAAGGAGAACGGACUGGCGCUCCAGUCGUUGCAGGAGUCUCUGUGCCAGCUGGACCACACGCUCACCUCCUACCUCACUGAUCGCAUAGACGCCUUUCAGUUCCCACAGGAGGCUCAAACCAUCGGGGCAGAGAUUGCAGCCCAUGAGGUAACGGUGGAGGAGAUGAGGAGGAGGAACGUGGCCAACCUGCCUCCAGCCACUGCUGAUGGCAAGGCUGCCCGUGGUGGGACCAUGCUGGACCAGCUACAGAGGAAGCUGAGGGAGAUCUCCACAAAGUACCAGCUGUUCCAGAAGCCUGCUAACUUUGAGCAGCGCAUGUUGGACUGUAAGAGGGUCCUGGACGGAGCCAAGGCUGAGUUGCACAUUCUGGAUGUCAGGGAUGUGGAGCCUGAAAAAAUCCAGUCCCACCUCACUGGAUGCAUGAAAUUAUACAAGUUGCUGAGUGAGGUGAAGCUGGAGGUGGAGACAGUGAUAAAAACGGGCCGUCAGAUUGUGCAGAAACAGCAGACGGAGAACCCCAAGGCCAUGGAUGAGCAGCUUACAGCUCUCAAAUUGCUCUAUAAUGACUUGGGGGCACAGGUAACAGAAGGCAAGCAGGACCUGGAAAAAGCCUUGUCUCUUUCUCAGAAGUUCCAGAAGGAUAGUACUGCCCUGCAGGAGUGGCUGACUGCAAACGAGGCCCAGCUCCAGCAGAAGAACCGCUGUGGAGACAUGCCAGCUGACAUUGAUGCUGAAAUUGCAUGGGCUAAUGGCCUGCUGAAGGAGUCGGAGCGUCGUAAGGUGGACCUGUCGGGCCUGACGGAGACCAGCGCUGGGCUACAGACUCUGGUGGAGGGCAGUGAGGCUCAGCUAGAAGACAAGCUCUGUGGCCUCAAUGAGGCAUGGGGACGCGUUCGCACCUUGACUGAGGACUGGCUUAGUGCUGUGCUGAGUCACCAGAAUGAGGUGGAAAUUUUAGAUGAGAACUUGGCUCAUAUCAGCACCUGGCUCUACCAGACCCAGAUCCACCUGGAAAAUAAAGGGAGAAUGGCCCUGAAGUGUGGAUACAAGAUAGUCAGGAGCAUGUUGGAGGAGCUGGAAGACAUCAGCCUGCGUGUUGACAACGUAAGGGACCAGGCUACCAUCCUCAUGACCAGCAGGGGGCCCGCUUGCCGAGACGUGAUGGAACCCAAACUAUCUGAGCUCACCAGCAACUUUGACAAAGUCUCCCAGGCAAUCAAAACUGCUAAGAUCAUUCACAGCCAGGAGAUCCCAGCACAGCGUCAGACUGGUGAUGCUGAGGCUCUGGUCCCAAGUGAGGUGACGGAUCUUCAGACACAACUCCAGGACACACUGAGGGCUCUGCAGCAGCAAAAGGACCCAGUCAGUGUCCUGGAUGAUGAUAAGAUGGAUGAGGAGAAAGCCAGUGUUGAAGACCUACUGAGAAGAGGAGAAGAGCUGUUCCAGCAAACUUCAGAUGAGGGCCAGAGGGAGGAGUUGAGACUUCUGCUGCUCCGGCUGCAAAGCCAAUAUUCUGCUCACAGGGAACUGAGGGUGCUACGAAUCAGGCAAGUAGGGGCGUCUGUGGAGUCGUCAUCUUCUCACAUCUUCCCAGAACAGAUGAGGGAGGUAUCUGUGGUGCAGCAUAGCAGUGUUUCUUCACUGAGUCCUUCUGACUACCUGUUGGACAUCAGUAAAUUGCUUCUGGCCAUGGCUGAUAAUGAAUUGCUUCUGAACUCCUCUGAGCUCAGCAGGGGGCUCUAUGAAGACUUCUCCACCCAGGAGGACACACUGAGGAACAUUAAAGACAGCCUGGAGUGUCUUGGCGAGCAGAUUACAGGGAUCCAUGAGCGCCAGCCUGAUGCCAUUCGGGAUGCCUCACCUGCAGAAGUGGCACAGGUUGGAGAUGCGCUCACGCAGCUCAAUGCCAAGUGGGACCGCCUCAACCGAAUGUACAACCAACGCAAGGGGAGCUUUGACCGUGCCAUAGAGGAGUGGAGGCAGUUCCACUGUGACAUGAAUGACCUGAGCCAGUGGCUGACUGACACAGAGGCACUGCUGUCUGAGAGCAUUGGCCCUGAUGGCCAGCUGAACUUGGACUCUGCACGACAACACCAAGAGGAGCUGGAGGAAGGCCUUGCCAGUCACCAGCCUGUCCUAGCUGUCCUGACCCGCUCUGGAGAGCACAUAAUCGGGCAGCUGACAUCUCCUGAUGGGCCCUUGCUUGAAGAAAAGUUACACAUUCUGGGUCAGCGUUGGAGAGCUGUCAGCCGCCACGUCCUGGACAGACGGCACAGGCUUGCUGGAGGAGACCCAGCCCUGUCAAACCUGGUGCGGAGACGCGAGAAGCUGGCUGUAUGGCUGGAGCAGGCAGAAAAUGCUGUCAGCUCCUUUCCUGUUACCGCCACUGACAAAAACCUCAAGGAACUCAAGGCCCUUACUGAGGAAAUGGACGCACAGAAUGAACGUCUGGGUUGGUUGAACAAGCAUGCUCCUCAUAUCCUGGCCAGUCCCAGUUUGAGUCCUGAGAUCACAGAGGAGCACAUUUCCAAACAGAGGGCCAUCAACCACAAAUGGAGCAAGGUGACUCAUGAGCUGUUGGACAAGGUGGGGGAGGUGGAGGCCAACCUGCAGAGUCAUGCACAUUUCCAGGACAGGAUGAACAGACUCACUGACUGGGUUGUCGUCACACACCAGACAAUUAUGACGAGAGGCCUGAAUCCUGGCCAAGCACAGGCUCUGGAGACCUCCAUGAUGGACAGGAAGAAGGACUUGGAGGAACUGUUGGCUCAUUCUAUAGAGCUACAGAGACGACAGCAGCUGUUGCCUCAAGAAAAGAGUAAGGUAGAGCAGCUCGCAGCAGAUUGGAAAGCCCUGGAUGGCCGACUAAGGGAGUCUCUCCAGCCACUUGUCUCCCCAUGGACACUGCACCAGCAUGUCGUCCAGCACCAGCAGCUUGUGUCUGCGGUCCCCUCAGCCGUACAGAUGGCGAGCCUGGCAAGCGAGGACCCCCGUCACCAAACCCCACACACGCCAGACGCCGUGGCCCCCACCGACCUCAAUGAGACAGCCACCGAACUGGCAGACUGGCUUCUUCUCAUCAUGCAGAUGCUCAAGUCUAAUAUUGUCACAGUGGGGGACACAGAGGAGAUCAGAGCCACUAUGGGACGUCUUCAGGUGACAAAGAGUGACUUGGAGCAGCGCCACACCCAGUUAGAGGACAUUUUCACCCUGGCACAGAACAUUAAAAACAAGACCUCCAAUCUGGACGUUCGCACAUCCAUUACGGAGAAAUUGGAGAAGGUAUGCAGUCAGUGGGACAGUACCCAGCAUGGUGUUGAGACACGGCUCCAGCAGCUGGAUGACAUGAUUGGCCACAGCAACCAGUGGGAGGAGCAGCGGAAGGAGGUGAAGGCCUUUAUUGGGCACAGUGAAGGACAUUUCCACAGCCUUCUUCAGCAGUCCAGAGAUCCCCUGACUAAACAGCUUGCUGACAGCAAGGCUUUCCUCCAAGACCUGGGCCGAGGCCAAGCUGCUGUUGUGGCCUUCAAUGAGCUGUCCAGUCAUCUUCUGCGGGAGUAUUCUACAGAUGACACCAGGAGGAUCAAGGAGGUCGCAGAUAAACACAGUGCUACCUGGAACAGCAUCAGCAAUAGGGCGAAUGAUCGUCACACCCAGCUGGACAGUGAACUGAAGGGCCUGCAGAUGUCUCUCAGGGAGCUGGAGUCCUUCCUCAAAUGGCUUCAGGAGGCUGAGACUACAGUCAACGUUCUGGCUGAUGCCUCACAGAGGGAAGACCUGUCGCAGGACUCUGCUCACGUGAAGGAGCUGCAGCGACAACUGGAGGACAUCCAGGCUGAGAUUGAUGCCCACAAUGACAUCUACAAGAGUGUGGACGGAAACAAGUCAAAGAUGGUCAAGGCUUUGGGCAGCUCAGAGGAAGCUGUGUUCCUCCAACAUAGACUGGAUGACAUGAACCAACGCUGGAGCGACCUGAAGGCUAAAUCAGCCAACAUCCGAGCCCAUCUUGAGGCGAGUGCUGAGCGCUGGUCGCGUCUGCUGGGACUCCUGGAGGAGCUGUGGAGGUGGAUUUGCAUGAAGGAUGAGGAGCUGGCCAAGCAGAUGCCCAUCGGAGGUGAUGUGCCCACCCUGCUGCAACAGCAGAACCACUGCAUGGCACUAUGGUCAGAACUGAAGGAACGGGAACACUUGGUGAUCAGUACUUUGGACCAGGCCAAGAUGUUUCUUGCUGACCAGCCCAUUGAGGGACCAGGAGAGCCAUGCAAGAACCUGCAGCCAAAAACUGAGCUCACCCCAGAGGAGAAGGCUCGAGGGUUGGCCCGGGACAUCCGCAAGCAGACAGGUGAGGUGAGGGAGCGAUGGGAGCGUCUGAAAGGACACGUGGGCAGCUGGCAGAAUCAGGUGGAGCGAGCAUUGGAGCAACUCCAGGAGCUGCAGAGCUCCAUGGACCAGCUCGACCUGCGGCUGACUCGGGCAGAGGAGGUCAAAGCUACAUGGCAGCCUGUGGGGGAUCUGCUGAUCGACUCCCUGCAGGACCACAUCGACAAGACCAUGGUCUUCAGAGAGGACAUUGCCCCAUUACGUCAGGAUGUACGGAACGUCAAUGAGCUUUCUGCAGAGCUGACGCCACUGGACAUCCAGCUGUCUUCCACUGCCUCCAGACAACUGGACCAGCUCAACAUGAGAUGGAAACUACUACAGGUGGCGGUCGAAGACAGACUGAAGCUGCUUCAGGAAGCCCACCGAGAUUUUGGCCCAUCUUCGCAACAUUUCCUCUCCACUUCUGUCCAGCUACCCUGGCAGCGUGCGGUUUCUCAGAACAAGGUUCCAUAUUACAUCAAUCACCAGACGCAGACAACCUGCUGGGACCAUCCAAAGAUGACAGAACUCUACCAGUCUCUAGCGGACUUAAACAAUGUGAGAUUCUCAGCCUACCGAACAGCCAUGAAGAUCCGCAGACUACAGAAAGCACUGUGCUUGGACUUGCUGGACCUCAGUGUGGCCCAGAACACCUUCGAACAGCACAAACUCAACAACAACAAUCAGCUGUUGUCCGUUCCCGAUGUCAUCAACUGCCUGACAUCCAUCUACGACGGCCUGGAGCAGGAGCACAAAGACCUGGUCAAUGUGCCGCUCUGUGUUGACAUGUGUCUGAACUGGCUGCUCAAUGUUUAUGACACUGGCCGCAGCGGGAAGAUCCGCGUCCUGUCCAUGAAGAUCGGCUUGCUCUCUCUCUCCAAGGGACACCUGGAGGACAAAUACAAACACCUCUUCAGCCAGGUAGCAUCGGCAGGCGACACAUGUGACCCGAGGCAGCUCGGUCUGCUGCUUCAUGAAGCCAUCCAGAUCCCGAGGCAGCUGGGGGAGGUGGCUGCCUUCGGCGGCUCCAACAUCGAGCCCAGUGUCCGCAGCUGCUUCCAGCAUGUGACUAACAAGGUGGAGCUGGAGCCCAGGCAGUUUAUUGAUUGGAUGCGUUUGGAGCCUCAGUCUAUGGUUUGGCUUCCUGUCCUGCACAGAGUUGCUGCUGCAGAGACGGCGAAACAUCAGGCCAAGUGUAACAUCUGCAAGGAGUGUCCCAUUGUUGGCUUCAGGUAUCGCAGUCUGAAGCAUUUCAACUACGAUGUGUGUCAGAGCUGCUUCUUCUCUGGGCGCACCGCCAAAGGCCACAAGCUCAACUACCCCAUGGUGGAGUACUGCACACCAACAACAUCAGGCGAGGACAUGCGCGAUUUCACCAAAGUGCUGAAGAACAAGUUCCGAUCAAAGAAGUACUUUGCCAAGCAUCCUCGGUUAGGCUACCUACCGGUCCAGACAGUUCUAGAGGGCGACAACAUGGAAACCCCCAUCACCCUCAUCAGCAUGUGUCCGGAGCAGUAUGAGCUGUCGCAGACACCCCAGCUCUCUCAUGAUGACACCCAUUCCAGGAUAGAACAGUAUGCCAGCAGGCUGGCCCAGAUGGAGCACUCCAACGGCUCCUUACCCACAGACAGCAGCUCAGCCACAGGAAGCAUGGACGAUGAGCAUGCCCUAAUACUGCAGUACUGUCAGGCGCUGGGAGGAGAAGGCUCUCCCUGCAGUCAGCCCCAGAGUCCUGCCCAGAUCCUCCAGGCUGUGGAGAGGGAGGAGCGAGGAGAGCUGGAGCGGAUAAUCGCUCGUCUGGAGGAGGACCAGAGGACCCUGCAGAGGGAGUAUGAGCAGCUGAAGGAGCAGCACGGCCAACGAGGGGCCCCUGCUGGAAGCCCCUGGGAGUCCGAGGGCCCCUCUUCCCAUCCUGAUGAGGCCGAUCUUCUAGCCGAGGCCAAGCUGCUACGACAACACAAGGGCCGUCUGGAAGCCCGCAUGCACAUCCUGGAGGAACACAACAAACAGCUGGAGUCUCAGCUCCACCGCCUCCGACAGCUAUUGCACCAGCCGGAGAUGGACUCAAGGGUAAAUGGAGUGUCGUCGUCAACUGUGCAUGAUCAAGGAGCACUUACUGAAAACUCAGAUGAGUUGCUGGACUCCUACCACAGUAGCUCUGACCUGGCAGAUGUAAUGGAGCAGAUUAACAACUCCUUUCCUGCAUGCAGUUCCUCAAGCCUCUCCUCAAGACCCCAGGUGAUAUGAGAAUCGUCGCCACAGAGGAUUGCGUGUGCUCGUGUGUGCACAUGAGUGUGUGGCAGCAGUAACCGCUGGAACCAUUCCCGAACCAACAACCCCCCUCGACCGUGAAUCCCAAAGACACACAGGACCAGACAACUUAACUACUUUUACCACCUUGUCUUGUACUAUGCAAACUGUAUAUUUUAUGAACUGUAGAUUGUUCAACAUUUGUCAGUGAUUUGUUUAGAUAUGCAGAUAAGUAUAGUAUAUGGGCACGGGGCUUUGUAUAGUAAAACAAUUUCAGUUUUUCAGAGGGUGGUUUGGGAUUUAUUUUGUUUCUUUUUAAGUUCUGCCCUCACUGGGAAUCAAUCUGUUACAUGUUUUUGUCAUUCCGCUGCUUUGUCCCCAGUUGCUAUUGUCAUUGGAAGUAGCCAGGAGGCUUUGUUUCGUGUGUGGGAGCACUCACAGUUCCUGAGUAAUAACACUGAGUGGCUGAAAGGAUCCUUUCAAAGCUGCAGACUGUCACCUCUCAAAGUACCCGUUUUGUUUUUAAGAUCUGUCUUGUAGCAUGCUUGAUGUCAAGUUCCCCUUUAAAACAUUAAUAUACCGGCAGACUUUGUGUACUCCUCCUGUGCCUAUACAGUUUGUCGUUCCACAUGUGGAAGACAGAGAUAAAUUAAAGUUGAUAGAGAUGUGUGUAAAGAGAGAUGUUUUGAAAAUUAUAGAUUUAAAUCUAAAGUUGUUCUGAAUCUGGGUUUGUAAGAGGUCCGCUGUGAUUAUGUAGAAUAUUUUUAAAAGAUAUAUAAACAGAAAUCAGAGGAAAGCCAUGAUUGCCUUGCUACCUCAGACUCAUAGACACAGUUUUGUUUUUGUGGUUCGUAAACCUGUUUAUUAAAACAGUUGUGGUCAUUUACAGAACAUGAACAACUUGGUUUAGCUAAACUUUAGCUUACUGUAUUGGUGUACACUGCAACGAGGAGAUACCAAGUAAAAUAAAAAAGCUACUAUUACUGUACCACAAUGGGUCUGUGGCCUGCUGAAGCUAGCCAUUUGUUGUGUUACUUUAUCUGUUGUUGGUUUUUCCACUGGCCUUCUAGCACUGGUCCCUCACUGCAUUGUGUUGUUGUGCUAUAUGCUAUCCUGUAAAACUUGUGAGACUGAACAACACUACUAUAACCUCCACUGACUGUAGACGUUUGAUGAUGUGAGUGAUGGUUUUAAUCAUUGCAGUCAUGAUGACGCGUACCACAGCAGAACUGUGUCGCUUCUCCUGAGGUAUGUAAACUAGUUUGACCACACUAUGUGUAAUAUGGCUAUGUUGUUUUAUUCUGAAUAAAAUUUUUAUAAGAUGUA